AUGUCAAAUCCGGGCCCAAAAUGGACGACGAUGAGCUGUGAAUAUUUUUCGGAAAUUGAGGAGAUUCAGAACGAUCACUACUGGAGCAGCCAACCAGAGGCCGACGUCAUCGUCAUCGCGUACGCCGUCAUCUGCUCGUUCGGGGCACUCGCAAAUCUGCUCGUUUUCAUGGCAUUUCUACGCACGCCGGCUCUACGGAAUAUCAGAAAUACGUUCAUCUUCAACCUGGCCGUCUCCGACUUGACGUUAUGUCUUUUCACCGCUCCGGCCACACUCUAUUUAUCCGCCAAUUUAUACUGGCCACUCGGCGAUUUGUCCUGUAAAUUGGUAGCAGCCACCCAGGCGUUGAACACGUUUGUCUCCUCGUUGACGCUCGCCUUGAUAGCGUUGGAUCGAGCAUUGCUGACGUUGUGUCCAAUUAGAUGGCGCCUCUCCUCCUCCGGCCCGUUGCUGUUCUACGGGCUUGUUUGGCUGCUGUCGGCCGUGGUGGCGGUUCCAUACGCCUUCGCAGUCAGCGCCGUUCGCCCCGGAUUCGUACCGUGGAGCCUGCCAACGACCGAGUCGAUUCUGACCCACUGUGGCCGUGAAAUGCCGUUGAUCUGCCGGGAGAGCGACGAGCAGUGGACCCUGCCGUUCUCCAAGCUCGCGUACACGUCGAUAGUGCUGGCCGUACAGUACAUCCUGCCAUUGGCCGCCCUACUGUAUGCGUAUAUGAAAAUCGGGUCGACGAUACGGAGGCGAAGCGAAUUGACGCGUCCAGCCGAUGGUCGCAGAAGAUCGCUGAUGCAGCAGAAAAAUCGGAAGGCGAUGCUGCUCCUCGUUGUGCUCGUGCUCACCUACGCGGUGGCGUGGGCCCCUAUCAAUAUUUAUCACUUAUUGAGCGGAAUCGGGUGGAUCAACUUCUCACAGUUGCAAUACCUAAUCUGCCAUGUUGUCGGCAUUUCUUCGGCCUGCCUCAACCCGUUAAUCUACGCGCUUGUGAAUGAGGGUUUUCGGGAUGCGUUCCGGUCUAUGUUUUCGUGGGCCGUCUGCCCGCGACGCCGCCAAAUUCGAGAUCCACCGACGAAUUGCGUGUUUUCGAAUGGAAAUAAGACCGGCGAACCAGCCGAAGAGGUCCUAAUCGCGCUGGAUACGAUAACGGCUACCGAUCGGGAUGUGGAUAUU